GUAUUUGCAGCGUUACUCACACCAUCAUGAUGUGCAGACACAUUAGUAUUGGAUUAUAAUUAAUGCUGGCAUCGAUCAAUGAUUCGGGUUCCGUUUGCUGAUUCUCACUUUAAUUUUUGUGGUGGCUCCAGGUUGCCAACCUAAGGCGAGCAGGUCCUGGAGUUACAAACCUGGACGGCUGAACACAAUCGCUUAUCACAACGCCGCAGUAUACGUACGCCUCGCAUUCAGAUUGACGUCGCUUACUUUCCAGAACUCGAGAGGCAGAGCUUCCAUUCUCGAUGACGACCUUCUUCUCGCAAUAGCGUCCGCAUUGCGCCCGGAGCUUGCUCGUUUCCCUGAUCAUUUAUAAGGGAUAAGAAGAUGCAUGCCGUGGAUUUUUUGCGCGCAAAACCCAUUUUCUGCGACUGGACCAGAUGCAGGUGGAGUAUUCGGCCAACGAUAUCGCAGCAGCAGGGAGUUUGCAGGUCUACACGUACUUAUAUACGUCAAUGGCUACAUUCUGGAUUUACGAUUAUGCUUGUUCGCUUCAUCUGGAGUGGAAGUUUCUAUUUCGGUCACGCUGGUCCAAGGUAAAGGGCCUUUAUGUCGUCACACGAUACGUGCCUUUUCUCCUCUUAGCUGGUCAUUUAUAUAUGAACUUCAUCCCAAACGAGAACUCCGAUUUGUUGAACAACAUUUGCUCAUGUUUCAGCUUGAUAUCAGUCUCUUGUUCUGAAUGCUUUUUUGUCCUCAGGACAUAUACGCUCUGGAACAACAACAAAGUCGUGCUUGCCACCAUGACCAUUACCUUCAUUGCUGUCGUCGUAUCAUCUAUAAGUUAUGCUUUUGCCACUACUGCUACUGCACCGUGGACGAUCAGCGGGAUCCCAGGCAUCACAGGCUGCUAUCAGAGCUCGGCCGUCGUCCAGCUCUUUAUACCAUUUCUUCUUUUGAUUGGGCUUGAAUUUGGUCUCUUGUCCCUCACGCUCAUACGCGCUAUACAGAGCUGGCGGUCGAACAACAGCCAUCUCUAUGCUGUCUUAGUGAAGCAUAACAUAUUCUACUAUCUAUGCGGUCUGUUUUUCUCAGGGGUAAAUGUACUCACGUUACUGCUCUUCCAUUACGGAUAUCAAGCCAUGUUCCAAGAUUUCCAAUUCAUCGUCCUUGCGAUCCUCGCCACGCGCAUGCACCUCCACCUGUGGCAUACAGAUCGACAUGCACAUGGCUCUCGCGCCCUCGUGUUCAUUCCUAUGUCCGACAUUUCAUCCACGGGCAGUCCGACGUGAUGUUCGGCGUUGUUCAAAUGUUCAUGGAGUGGUGUUUAAGCUGUACAAGUUCCUGUUGUGAAUGGGAGUUACGUCUUGUUGGACUUCAACUUGAAGCGGAUUUGUUCAUUAUCGAUAGAUAUCGAGCUUCAAUGGUAGAUGAAUGUAUUCAGAUCAAGAUUUCAGUGUGCUGGAGUCAGAACUUGAAACACUCCGGCCGGGCG